CCUUGUUGAAAACAAAGAAAACAAUUUUGCACCGAACUCUGUGAAAAUGUGAAAAGCUGCACCGAGACACGCCCAUACACAAUGCAUACGGCCCAGGCACGGAAUAAGAUAUUCAAAAGCUGGUCAGGCAUCAGCGAGGUGUCCAUCAUCAAGGAGGUGGCCACCAAGGGCGAGCACAUCGAUCUGUGCAUGGAAUAUUGGGCUGGCAAGCGAAAGAUACCAGUUCAAGAAUACAGACAUUACUUUUACGAUGUGGUACAGGCUUAUGUGCAGCGUCUGCUCUCCGAGCGGCUCGUCUGCAAGGCGGACAACGUGCUGCACAAUGUGGAGCGCGAUGUCAAGUGCUUCUUCUAUCAAUAUGCCUGCGAAUGCGACGAUGCGGAUCUGAGUGAGUUUGUACUGGAUCAUUUGCGCUGCCGUGAGCCGCAGCUAUUCGAGCAGGAGCAGCCUGUGCUGGCGUAUUACUGGUCCCUGGUGCAGCAGCUGCGCGAGUGCAGCGACCUGCUGGCCCGGCACCAGGCCCUGCUGCCACGAGUUCACAUCGAGGCGUUGAUGACGCUGCCCGAGCAAACGCUGCAGCUGCUCAUUGUUGAACUCUACUUUGCCAAUGGCAAUGAAGCACUGUUGCCGGAGUUGAACAAGCAGCUGGUGUGGCAGCAUCUGGUAGACACUGGACGUUUGGACAGACUGCGUCGCUGGUGCUGGUGCCAGGAGGCUGCGGCCGGCACAGCUGACUUGCGGCCACUGGAGCAGGCCUAUGUGCGCUGGAAGAUUGAGCCACUCAUGUAUGAAUAUGCCCUGGAGUACUUGCAGCAGCCAUGUGAGCUACUGCGCAAUUUCUUUGCCCGCGCUGGCUAUUUUUUUCCAGCUGAAUCCUCGGACAUGUCCACGCUGCUGCGUCGCCUGUGCACAAUGCAGUGCCUGGAGCAGCACAAGGAGCUGCUCAGCCGCCAACCACUGGCGUGUCAUCUGCUAGAGCGUGGCUACCAUUCCCUGCUGCUGCUAGAUUGUGUGCCCGUCUCGGCGCUGGAGCAGCUGGCGGGCGAGAAUGAGCCGCUGCUGACACUAAUAAUCGAUCUCAAGACACACGACCUAAUGCAGCGCGAGGGUUUCGAAAUGAUAUCCAAGAGUGUUCAGAGCUAUCUGGAGCGCACUCACCAUGGCGCCGAGUCGCUGCAGGAGCAGCCACUGCUGACCUUCUAUGACUUCCUCUGCCAUGAGCCCAGUGUACGUGCUUUGGAGGGUUUUCUCUCCUCCAGCAAUUUGCGGCGAGUGCCGUACCUGAACUCCCUGAUGGCGCGCUUUGAGCAUCAUGGCACGAGCAGCUCGACUGCGGUGCCCAGCGCUCACGAGCUGUUCCACAAGUUCAAGAAGGUCAACUUUGCUACACUGGCGGCGGCGGCGGGUCAGGGCGAGUUGGUUAGCUUCUCGAAUGCGCGUCUGAGUCAACGCUAUGCGAGCAAGGCGCAGCUGAACUACACGCAUUAUCUAAAGCAGCAGAGGAGCGCCUAUGCCGUAUACUAUUUCCUCAUGGAGCAGCUGCAGCUGUAUGGUCAGAUCACGCGCACACAGCUGUUCCACGCCUGCGAGACGGCCACACAGCUGGCGCUGCAGCAUGCGGGCGAUGAGGAGCUCGUGACGCACUGCGUCGCCUGCUGUGAAAUGUUGGACUUCGAUACGCAAACGUUGCGCAGCUUCCUACAUCUGCAGCGCCUGCUGCCGGCAACAGGCGUCUCCGGCGGCUACACGAGCCAACUGCAGCACUGGGAUCAGGCGCUGGUCCAGCAACUGCUGGCCACGCCCGAGCAGUUUCCACUGGAGUCAUAUCAGGCACUGAUGCGUCUGGCGGCACGCAAUGUCCAAGGCAAAUGGCCCUCGGCGCUGUUGCAACACUUUGCGGCACGCAACGAUUGGUGGCAGCUGCUGCUGCUCUUCCAGUACUUCGAUCUGCCGCUCAGCGAGCUGAAGCAGCUGCUGCCGCACUUCAAGUGCGGCGCGCUGGGCGUGCAUCUGCUGCGGGCGCUCAGCUACGACUGCAUCCACGAACGGCAGCACAAGCGCGCCGGCAAUCGUCGCAGCGAUGGACAAACCAAUUCCUCGCAAGAAACUAUGACCAACUCGUCGCACAGCUCUGGACUGGAUGCCAAUCUGCAGCAGCUGCAGCGUGAUGCCGGCCAGUCGCUGUGCAGCCUGCUCACGCACAAUGCACAGCAGGAUUUGUUUGCCCUGGUGCUCUGCAGCAGCAACAGCCUGCCGGAGGAGAGCAUCGGCAGCAUGGCCAGAUUCAUGGAGCUUAUGCAGAGCAGCGCACAGCACUGCAGCAGCAUUAAUCUGCUCAAGCAUUGCGUGCGCCAGCAGAUGCCCGUGCUGGCCGUGCUCGCGGCGACAUUGAGCGAGCACAAUCGCGACUGGUGCUGGCUGCUCUGGCUGGCCGUGGCCAGUGGCCAGUGGCUGCAGUUGCUCCAGGCGGUCACCAAGUCCAAGGAGCCGCAGCAGCAAACGGAGCUCGUUUGGCUGGUAAUACGUGGCGCUGUCAGCGGGGGUCAGUUGAAUGCGUUGCUGCACAGCUUCUGCAUCUUUCAGCCGCACUGCAAAUUCGUGCACCUGUGUCACUUCCUGCAGCUAACCGCGCAGCAGCAGGACUUUAGCGACGCGACCAUUGUGGAGCUGCGUCAAUUCUUCUGCAGCUGGAGCCAGGACGCAGUGCAGCUGCCGCUCUGUGAGCCACUGGCGCGCAAACAGCUGCUGCAGCGCUGCAUUGGACUGCUGCUCAUUCAGCUCGAAGCCAACUUCGACUGCGUUAUGCAGCAGCAAAAGUUUCUCGACUGCAUCUGCCGCUCGGAUGUGGGCGACAUUUGUGAUUUGUUGGACUUUUGCCUGCUGCAUCGCAUAUUUGGCGUGGCAGCGCCUUGGCUGCGUCAGCUGGGCAUCAACUACGAGCAGCUGGUGCGGCGGGAUAGCGCGGAAUACAAACGUCUGGUGGAUGCGCUGACGGAGGCCAAGGCCUAUGACCAAGCGCUGCAGCUGGCGUCGCUGCUGCAGCUGCCGCUGGCGGACAUUGUCUAUGUCAAGUGGCUGGCCGAGCUGGAGGCGGGUCAGCUGCGUCUGCACGAGGAGUACGAGCAAGAGAUUGCACAGCAUGCCCUACCCCCGGCCAUAUUGGUGAACUUUCUGUUGCAGGCUGCCGCCCAGCAGCCGGAGUCUCAGCUGCGUCGUCGCUACGAGCUCUUGCAGAGCGCGCUGGGCGUCAUCAAGCAGCACCAUCUGUUCCCCAACGAAUGCUUCGACCGGGAUCAGAUUGAGUAUGAUAUGGUUUUGUGCUAUUUGCAGCUGGAGCAGGAGCAGCUGACGACCGUGGACAUUUAUCAUUCCGAGUACUUCGAGCAGAUAAUGCGACAGGAACGUGGUGUUCUCUACAAAUCCUUCUCAGAGCUAAAGGAACUGGCGGGCAUCGAUGAUCUCAGCAUAGCCAACAAAUCCCAGCUGACAGGUGAGAUGGAGCAGCGGCUCGAUGCGCUGCUCAACAUGCUGCUGGACGAGGGCGAUAUUGUAGAGGCACUGCGUCUGCAGGAGCUGUUCGAAUUUCGACCCAAUGAUCUGCGCUUCAUUGUGUUCGCGAUGGCUCUGGCCGAGGGCAUGACCAGCAUUGCGAAUCUGUCCAGCAAGGAGCGCCAGCUGCUAAGCGACAUCGAGAAGAGCGCCUUUCCCAAGUUCAAUCGACUGACGCUCAAUCAGAGUCCCAUGACCAGAUGCAGCAGCGACUUGUCUGGCAGCUGUUCCACGCUCGAGUUUGAGGAGAUUCCUUCGAAGGAGAAACAACAAACACUGGAAACACUGCUGGGCAUUGGCUCCAAGCUGAAGCACGGCGUCGAGCUGGGUCGGCGUAUUGUGCUGUCCUAUCGCGCGGCCAUGUAUCUGGACAAAGAGUAUUUGGAUGUGCUGCGCACCAAGGACGUCAGCGUGCUGCUCAAGAGCGCCGCCGAGGAGGAUUGCCUGCAGCGUCUGUUGGUGGUCAGCGAUAUACACAUCUCCACGCGUCUGACCCCACAUGAGAUUGCCGACUCCUUGGCCCUGGAGCUGACCACUUGCAUUGUGCGUCCACGUUUCUAUAUAUUCCAUGCCAGCCAACAGCCACGCAAUGCGCCGCGCAACGCCGAUCUCUGGGGGCACAAUAUUGAUCGGGAUUUUCACCUUUUCCUGGAGCUAACGCCCAAUACGACGCUGCUGGGCAACUGUCUACUGGACUAUUGUGAUGCACUCAAGGCCUACAGGCGCUACCAGGACAACAAGCCCUACGAGCAGAGCACGGCCUUUGAGCGUCUCUCCGGGAUUAUUACACUCUAUGGCCUGCCCAACAGCGGCAGCAGCAGCAGCAAUGUGCCUGGCUCACCGGGCAUACCCCAAGUGCUGUCGCACAAGAAACAGAAUCAAAUCUAUGUGGAGCUGCUGAUCAAGGCGCAUUUGUGCUUUGUGCACGAGUGCUCCAUGGAGGGCAUUGCCAGUGUGCUGGAGCGCGCCAAGCUGCUCAACGGACAGCUGACCAAGGCCAAGUCCUGGUCGCUUAUCGUGCGCCUGCUCAUUGGGAUUGCGCGCUAUCGUGAGAUGUUCUACUGCUUCGAUGCGCUCAUCGAGAACGAGCAGUUCGAAUCGCUACUGGGCCAGUUCGACGAGGAUCAGAAGAGCGGUCUGCGACAAGCUAUCUUGGGCUAUCUGCGCGAGUACAAUCCCAAAAAUGGCAAGGAUCUGCUGCGUCUGGCCGCCCAUCAUUUUCUUAUGUACAAAGAGCUGGCAGAGAUGUGGUCACAGGAGGCGCAAAGUAUCCUGGAUAGAGUGCGCUCGGCGGCGUCAUCUGCAGCCGAGCCGAGCAAGCUCAAGGUCAGCCUGGAGCUGCAACAGCAGCUGCAACAGGCGCUGGAGUUUUUCACGCAUGCAACCGAGAACUAUUUGCUGGACAACAAGCUGAUUCUCUCCCAGCAGAGUGUGGCGCGCGCUGAACUGGUGGCCAUGCAGCUGGAUUUGUGCAACAAGGCGCUGGAGAAGCGCGGCGGCGGAGCAGCUGGUGUUGGCACAAGCAGCUCGGCGCCGCUUUGCAUCAGCGUGAUUGGUGUGCAAACACGGGAGCAAUUCCGUGAGCUGGUCAACAACCAUUUAAGAGUACCCCAAACCCUGAUACUGAGUCGCGCCUAUGGUCACGAUGUCAACUGGAGCGAAGCUCUGCUAACUCAGUUUGUGUUGCUUCAAAGACGCAGCUAUCUGCAGGAUUACCGCGGCCAUCAACGCAUCAAUGAUAACGUCAUUGAGCAGGUUGUCAAGGGGUAUAUAUUGCACACUCAGAACAAUCCAUCGAGUGCCAAACACGAGGAAUCUCUGGCUCAGCUGGUGGAGCUCAUUCGCUCCGUCACACUUAAAUACAAAUUGGCAUCCAUUUUGGGUCUGAAGGGAAUCGUCAUGUCGCUGAUAAACGACUCCACGGUACACUAUUUGCGCGACACGAACUUCGGACGCAAUGAAAUGCACAACGUAACGAAUAUGUGACACAUGAUAUGUGAUUUUAACAAUAUAAUAUAUAUAAACGUAC